CAAACGCAUGUGCCGGCGAGAGUCCAAGAGUUCAGACGGCUGCAAGCCGGUGUUUGUCUGCCAAGUGGCGGGCAGGGGAGAGCGGAGCGGGUGGGUAGUAAAAAGUACGGCACAGGCAGUGUGACCCGAUGGGAGGAGAGCUGGGAAUCGUGUGCCACAGGGACGCAUUCAGAGCCAACCAGAAAAGCGCAAACCACUGUGGGGACACACUUUGACCACUACCCAAAAGCAAAGAACAGCUCCAGGUUCGUCUGUGGCCGUUUCUCACAGCAGCAGAGCUUUGAACCUGUCUGCCAAAAUAAACGGACUUUCCUAUUUAUUCUCAUGUCUGCACUUCAACUCAGAAAAGGGAGCUUCGUAGUGUGAAAGGGGACGGCAUCUCCUGCUGCUCCAUGGCUGCGUCUGAUUCGGCGGAGUCUCCGUUUGCGCACCAAGGAUGGAGAGAAUUAGGGACUCGGUGAUACACUCCUAAAGAUUGUGUCCACCCCCCUCCCGUACCCCGUGGGGAAAAUAAGGAGCUGCAAGCGGGCAGGGGGCAGCCUAAUACGACGGGGAUUUGCGAUCUUGCCACUCCGGCUCGGAGUGUCCGCCGGUGUGCCUGGAAUGCGGCUGUACGCAUGUUUGGCGUUUUUUACCGGCUGCGCCUUGAUUCUCUCUCCGGUCAAUGAGAGCUGCGGACCGGGAAGGGGGUACGGCAAGAGGCGACCGCAGAGGAAGCUCACACCGCUCGCAUACAAACAGUUCAGUCCCAACGUGGCCGAAAAAACCUUAGGGGCAAGCGGAAGAUACGAGGGCAAAAUAACUCGGAAUUCGGAGCGAUUUAAAGAGCUUACUCCCAACUACAAUCCCGACAUCAUCUUCAAAGAUGAAGAGAAUACAGGUGCAGACCGCCUGAUGACACAGCGUUGCAAAGACAAGCUGAACUCUCUGGCCAUCUCAGUGAUGAACCUUUGGCCCGGAGUCAAACUGCGUGUCACCGAGGGCUGGGACGAGGACGGCCACCACUCCGAGGAGUCCCUGCACUAUGAGGGCCGAGCGGUGGACAUCACCACCUCUGACCGCGACCGCAACAAGUAUGGCAUGCUAGCCCGGCUGGCCGUGGAGGCUGGCUUCGACUGGGUCCACUACGAGUCCAAGGCCCAUGUGCACUGCAGUGUCAAGUCAGAGCACUCUGUCGCGGCCAAGACAGGAGGCUGCUUCCCAGGAGGGGCUCGCAUCAUCACCGAGGGAGGGGUCACCAAGGCCAUGCGGGACCUGCGGCCAGGGGAGCGGGUCCUGGCCUCGUCGGGGGUCGACGGCAGAGGGGAACUGGUCUACAGUGAGGUCCUGGCCUUCCUGGACAGUGACCCCGAGGCUCGCAAGCACUUUUACGUCAUCGGGACUGAGGCUGGGGAAAGGCUGCCUCUCACUGCAGCCCAUCUGCUCUUUGUCUCCGAGGGGAACUGCUCAGGGUGGGUGGCGGGGAGUGCCUUGCGGGCGGUCUUUGCCAGUGACGUGCAGCCUGGACAGUGCGUGGUGUCUGCUGCGGAUGGCAGGGGGCACCUGUCACGCGUGGCCUGGGUGCACAUCCGCGAAGAGCGAGGCGUGUUUGCCCCACUCACACAGCACGGCACCGUGGUAGUCAACGGCAUCCUGGCCUCCUGCUAUGCCGUCAUGGACCAGCACCACCUGGCCCACUGGGCUUUCGCGCCACUGCGUGCACUCUACGGCUGGGUCGGGCCACUCGGUCGUCGAGCCGAUGGCAUACACUGGUACUCCAGUGCCCUCUACUGGAUCGGGACGCUGCUGCUGGACUCAGAACGGUUCCACCCCUGGGGUGUGGCAGACCCUGAGAGAUGAAGGAGGGCAUGAAAUAGGAGUGAGAGAGAGAGAAGGAACAGAGGGAGGGGGGAAAAAAGAGGAGGACAGAUGAAAGGGAGCGGGAUGAGAAGAAGGAGAGGAGGGAGUAAGAAUGCUGGGAAACGGGGGGUCUAGAAGGAUCUACAGACACGUCUGCUCUACAGAGUCCCGGCAGCAGGUGGAGGCCUCGAGACUCAUGGGAAAAUGGAUGAAGGAGACGCGACCUGGGUCCUUCUGAAGAGGCAGCUCAGGGCCACCACCCCCCCUGGUGGAGGGAUUAGGGAAACUCAACUGGCAGCCAAUGCUUAGGACUUCUGUAGGACUUCCAGGCGGAGAAUCCUGGUCAAGGAAUAACAGGGUUUCCGUCACUUGUAUGCUGACAAAACCAGUGGGGAAGCCCUGGACUAGACCUACAACACUGACACUGGACAGCAGAAGGCACACACACACACACACACACACACACACACACACAGACACAGACAGAGACACAGUCACAUGGACCCCGCGCAGGUGAGCGCACUCAGGGAAGCCCAGCAAUUCUCAUGGCGGAAGGCUUUCAUUGGAACUCAACCCACUGCUCAUGCGGGCCCCUGGACGACGGGCGGUGGACAAAGCGAGAAGGGGGGGGGGGCACCGUUAAUCAUUGGCAAGACGUCUACACUGAAAACCUGGCUCGUUAAGGAGGUGGCGCAAGAGCCGGUGCUGAACCAAAGUCGCAAUCAUCACGGUGGAGUGAAACAGGCAAGACGGAGAUUUCAUCAGCGUCUCGGCGACCAAACGUGCUGAGCUCCUGCGUGUCCCAUUCGCUCCCCUUUGCUUAAACGCCGAUACGCCGCUACGCUCUGUGGGAAUCCCGUUUUAAAUGUGUAAAUCCAUUGUAUUGCCUUGAUAGUACUUAACUAUUUUAUGCCCACAUUUACUUUGUAUUCAGAGAGAUGUCUAAAUGUCUAUGAUGUUCAUGUCUUGGAAAAAGAAAAUAUUUAAAGAUCUAUUUUUGGAAAUUAAAUAUAAUGUAAAUA